UUGUGAGGUGCCGUUACAAGGGAUGUAACUAUAUUUUUGUUAACAGCUAUUAAUUUAUUUUGACUGCGAAAGUCUGCAAUUCUGCUCUGCUGCCUCUUGAAGCCUCACAAUAAUUAACGACGACAAUGUCACAAUCUCUUGGCACUGUUGUUAUAGGUGGAGGCACAGGAUUCAUAGGCACAGCUUUAUCUAACAGUCUAAAAAAACGGGGCUAUGAUAUUCUUAUUGUAUCUAGAAAACCAGGGCUGUGGAGAACAACUUGGAGUGAAAUAAAUAAUACUGGAUUACCUGAAAGUACAACUGCAGUUGUUAACCUUGCUGGUCAGAAUUUAUUGGAUCCACUACGAAGAUGGACAGAAGGCUUCAAGCAAAAUGUUUGGGCCUCACGUGUAAACACUACAAGAUACUUAGCACAAGCUAUUGAGUCUGCUAAAGUUAAACCAAAAGUGUUCGUCUCAACUUCUGGUGUCGGAUUCUAUCCACCUGGUAAGGAAGAGGUUUUUGAUGAAAAUGGUCCUGGUGGUGAUUUUGACUUCCUUUCAAAAUUAUGUGCAGAUUGGGAAGCAGCAGCAAACCUUUCUCCAGACAGUGGUGUCAGAACUGUGAAAAUUCGAACUGGUGUGGUUCUCGGACGUCAGGGUGGCAUGGUUCAACAGCUUUAUUUUCCAUUUUUUUGUGGACUAGGUGGACCUGUUGGUCAUGGUAAUCAACCUAUGCCAUGGAUUCACAUUAAUGAUAUAGUAGGACUCUUCAUCCAUGCAAUUGAAACAGAAAGUAUUAGUGGGGUGAUGAAUGGUGUUGCCCCACAAAUAAUUUCCAACAAAGACUUUGCAAAUGCUUUUGGAAAAGCUCUGUGGAGGCCAUCUUUUAUACCUUUGCCAACUUUUGCGGUUAAUAUGUUGUUUAGUGAAGAGCGAGGCAAGAUCAUGACUGAAGGACAAAAGGUGAUCCCUAAAAAAGCUCUUGAAACAGGUUAUACAUUUAAAUAUCCAGAUAUAACAGUAGCUGCAAAAGAAUUUUCUAAACUCAUCUAUGCAGAUGAAGUCUGAGUGUAAAAUAUUAUAGUGUACAGUUAAGCAUAUAACAAAGAUUGACAAAGAUGGAAGCAAAGCAUUCAUUAGUAUGAUACUAUUUACCCAUACCUAAAAACUAGUGUACUACACUGUUCCUGCAGUUUUAAUUGUUUUAGUUCCAUGAAUUUGUUACACUAUAUGGCUGAUUAUACAUCAAACUCCUCAAGUCUAGAUAUUAGACAUAAAAAAUGUAGUGGAUUGCAGAUGACACUUAAAAAGGUAUGGUCCAAUUAAGCUUAUUGUUAAUGAAAUCAGUCCAUAAAGAGAUUAUACUGUAAUUUCAGUAUGACUGAAUGAUAAUGGCUUUGACUCAAGUUUGCACAAACAUUAACAACUUAAGGUAUUUAUUUACUAAAACUUCUUAAGUUACGGUGUCUUGUUUUUACACGAGCUUGUAACAUUCACAGCUUUUAAGCAAAAUUUUGUUAACUAAAGAGUUUUUCCUCAGGAUUAUUUAGAGUAUCAACAUUUAUCCUAUUAAUUGAACAGGAUUUUAGUCAUAAUGCCUGAAUGGUUUGUGCAUCAAUCUAGCAGGCAAAUUAGACUUGGGUGUAUUACUAACAACAGACCUCUGGUUCAAUCCUUGUCUUUGGUGUGGCAAUACUGUACUAAUAACAAACCUCUUUGUUCUACGUACAUUGGUGGAAGAAAACAAAUAAAAUUUGAAAUUGCUGGUGCAGGGAAAACAGACUUACUUUUAAAUUGCUGCUCCAACCAGUAGUACAAUAUUUAGCUAAGUUUAGCUACUUUUCAAUUCUCUUUGGGACUCGUGUAUCACUUGCGUAACACAUAUUCCUGAACUUAGUUUCAUAUAAGUGGUUUUUUUUCCUACUUUCUUAUUCUGUUAUUUAUCUUUGUAAUGUAAUGAAAUUUAUUGUUAUUAGUUAUUCAAAAACUUUUCAAAAUGCAGUGGCUGAAUUUUUGUUUGUGAUUGCGGGUGUAACCAGCAAGUAUUCACCUCUUAUACUAUGACCGCAUUUUAUAAUUUUCGUGUAUGUGCGUAGUAUUUUGUUUUUCAUGGUUGCAUAUUUCUGAAUUAUUGUAGAACAGGUUUUACUAUUGUUGCCUUUUAGUCAUUUUAAAAUUUUUUAAUCAAUCUUACAUUUUACUAAAGGAAAUUGUUUGGGCCAUCCCCUGAGAGGCUGAUUGAACUAAAUAAAUGCCAAUAAUAAUUUGAAGGAUGAUAUUGUAGUCAGUCAGUUGUUGGGAGUGAUAAGGGCUAUUAAUCUUAUUUAUUAAUGUGCCUUGUUGCAUCUUUGUGUCUGAUUUUGUAUACUUGCUGAGCAUUACAUAGUAGAAGAGAGAUUACCAAAUGUCACCAUGGUGCAACAAAAGGAUCAUGUCAAGAUUAGUGAACCCACUAUUUUUCAAAACAAUAUUAUACCACUUUGAUUUAUAAAUAGUAUAUGAAUAGUAUAUAUACACAUAUUUACAUAUAUAUAUUUUAUUAUAAAUAUUAAUAUGUGCGUAUGUGUAUACAGUAUAUAUAUUUUAGAGGUAAGUAUAAUAUUGUGUUAAAUAUAAUGGGUUCGCUAGUCUUGACAUGAUCCCAACAAAAUGUGUUGCACCAUGUUUGGAGGAAGGUUGUCACAUAAGGAAUCCAUCAGGUUCUUUUAUGGCUACAUAGUCUGAGAAAUCCAAGGAUUGUACGUACUAGUUAUAAGUUCCAUAUCUACUGGUUCUGCAUCGGGACUGGAUAUCUUGGCAAUUUUCUCUGGGUUGGUGGACUCAAUAUCUACACCCAGAUGGUGAUAUUUGAUUAAGACUUUGAUUUUGCUUUUCCUGGAGUUGUCAUAGCAGCUUGUAUUGCUGCAGGGUAAUUAUGAGACAGGUUCUCUUUUCAGUGACCUGAGUUUAAGCUGUAUAAUGGGAGUGGUAAAUUCAGCAGUGGUCAUGGAUUCAGGGCAUGAGAAUUAGUGGAUGCAGGCUUAACCCAUGCAGCAAAAGGGAAAGGACAAAACAUGAAAGGAUGACAGUUGCUACAGCUUAAGAACCAUUUCAGGAAAGAAUUGAGAUCUGGUCUUGGCCUCAAAGAUACUGGAGGGCCUUAAAACCACAGCGGCUCAAGCGCCACUUUUUUAAGAAUAAGAAAAAUACUCCUAAAGUUUAUCAACAAUGACUCUGCUUCUUGAAAAACAUGUUGAUUUCAACUAAGCACCAUAUGAAAGCCCUGCCCUUCAGAAUAUUUUGACCCAAAAUAAAAAAAGUGUGGUGCACUUGCAUGCAAACAUACGAAUU